AUGACUUGUGAUAAAAAAGAAGAAGAUCCUAAUCCAUCUGUCCAUCUCUAUUCGAGAUUAUUUGGUACAGAUGUGCGCGCUAGAGAUAUUACAGACAAAGUUCAAGAUAUUCUCCGUAGUAGUUUACGUAAAUUUAUUGGAAAUCAAAUACUAACACGAUUGAACGAACUCGCUGGCAAAGAUCCUAUAUUUCGUAUACCAUUAGAAAUCGGUUCGGUAUCAGGAGCUGCUAAUGGUUUGGCAUUAUAUAAAUCAGCACAAGUUGCCGCACUUGUUGAUUUAACAACUGAUAUAAGAAAUACUCAAAAUGACGCUGGACUAGGAGUAUAUUCAAUGACAAGUCGAUCAGCAUUAAGUUUUUCAUUGACACUUCAACGUGAAGUAUCAUCACCAUUGACUACUGUUGGUGAAACAGUUGAAAUCGGCAUUCUAUCGUAUCUUCCAUUUGAAUAUAAAACGGAAGUCAAUAAUCAAGGACGUACACGUGAAUUUAGUCUUCUUAAGUCGAAUUCAAAACUUUUUGCAAUGGACUUCCAAUAUGCAACACGCACAUCCGACGGUUUUGAACUUGUUCCAAAUACAAAAACACCCAAUAUUGAUCCAUCAUGUACACCGAGUGCCUUUUAUCGUACAUUAGGUGUACGAGUAUGUUUAGAACUUAAUCCCUUCCGUUCAAUUCAAUUUGGCAAACGAAAUUCAUAUCCAAUAACUGUAACUGUCAACAGAGAUCCAACAAUCAAAAACUGGCGUCUUGGUUGGCGUUUUAAUGCGCAAGAAGCACCACAAUAUGAAGUCAUCAUUGAAAAAGUUGGCACAAAUCAAUCCUAUCCUGGCUUGGGUUUGUCUGCUACAAAAGAUGGCAAUAAAUUCGAUAUUAAAAUUUUAACUGGCAUGAAAUCAUUCAAUGUUCAAGGUACACAAACGGGUGAGACAUUUAGUGGUACAGUAUAUUCAAGUGACAACAACAAUGAAGUGAUGACAACAUCUGGAACAUUGGCGAUCAAUAACGAUGGUUUUAAAUUGGAAAGUAAACUUUUUGAUAUUGCAAGCAAAAAAGAAGUCGUCACAUUAACAACUGAUAAUCUACCAAAUCGUGGACAAGGUCUCACAGCUAAUUUUGGUUUAACAACAUCCGAUAAAGCUAAAUCAUUUAAAAUUCAAUUUCGCGGUAAUUUAUAUAAACCGAAUUCAGAAAAAGUUCAUAUCAAUGGAGAUUUUAAUCUUGGUGAUACAUCUUAUAAUGGAAAACUGUCGUUCGAACGUAUUGAAUUACAACGUUUAUUUAAAUUAGGCCGAGAAGCAACUCAAAAUAAUUGUAAUAUUGCAUCCCAUGUUGCAUUACGAACACUAGCUAGUGAUGUAUUCAUGAAGCUAUUCAAUCUCAAAACAGAUUUCACUCGUACCAUUGAUUUAUCCAAUGCAACACUACAAAGUUCACUUGAUUAUUUACUUAUAACACGUAAUCCACCGGUACAAGAAAUAAUCGAAAUCGAUUACAUAAGACGAUCAGUACGAACAACUAAUCAAGGAAAACGUCUCACAUCACCGGAAGCUAAUUUGAAAGUUCAAGUUAAAACAAAAUCAAAUCUUUUAAAUUUUCUUCUUGAUCAUCGACAUCGAAAGAGUUCGGAAUCAUCGAAAAAAGGACCUGCAAUGCUUCCACCAACUCUGGACAUCAACAAUAAGAUUCAUGUUGUUGUCGAUACAGAUAAAUUAUUUCCUGACAUACCACGUCAAUUUGCAUUUGAUGUAUUAUCUGAUCUUGAUUUUCAAUUACUCAAUGAAGUCAAUUAUAAAUUUCAAUACAAUUUACCUCGCCGUCAACGUUCCGGAUUAUUUACAUAUCAUGCGCAAGUCGACAAAGUUACUCAUGGUCAUGUAUUUUCUGGUACAAGUAAAUCUGAAUUACAAUUGGAUAAUAAACAAAUACAAGUUACAGGUACGGGUACUUUCGAUGUUUGUCUACGAUCGUAUUCAUUAAAAUCACAUUGGGAUAUUGAUACGAAUCUUGUCGACGAUAAAAAUGAUAUGGAACUUGAUUUAAAUCUUCGUUUCGAUAAACAACCUAAGAAAGAUUCACCAAAAUCAUUAAUAACUUCUUACGAUGUUAAAUUAAAAGCACCUAAACAUAGAUUAUUUCAAUUAAUUGAUCUUGACGGUAAUCUAACAAAACAAUCAGGUGAAUUCGAAACAUGGAAUUCAAUCGCUAUUCGAACAAAUAAAAAAUUAAAAGAAAUUAAUUUAAAUGCUUUUCUUUAUCGUAAUCUAACUGGUGAUAAUACACUACAAACGCAUAUUUCAUUUUCAUUACCAUUUAAAUAUCUACCAUAUAUAACACACGAUUUAAAAAUUGAAAGCUUAUUAGAAACCGGUGUUUUCAGUUUUCUUGAAUCAAGAUUAAUUGCUAAACCAGUUUUUGCACACUAUGCCCUACUGGAUGCAUUUCAUUCAGAAAAAACACGUAUUCGUAUAGAUAAUGAAAUUGAAUAUUUACGUGCUAAUGGAAAUAGUUUAUACGCUCUUUCGAAAAUAGAUAUGUCACGAGAUGCAGGAUUACAUUCAUUCGGUUUAUUAAAACGAAAUUCAGAUUUAUUACAUAAACAUUCAAUUGGUUUUAUAUCUUCAUCGAAAACGAAAAAAAUUGCACUUUCAUUAGUGAGUCCACAAAUAUCGUCAAAUCCAUUGAGUAUUAUCGGAGAAUUCACCAUGGAUCGAGAAAAUCAUAUUGGAAAAAUGAAAUUACCACAGGAAUUCGGAAUUCAUUUUGAAUUCGGUACUCCAUUAACAAAUUUAACUGCAUUUCGUAUUUUCUACAACUUACCUCUAUUCAAUAAAGAUCAUAAUUCAACAGCUGAUGGAUCUGUUGGAUUCAAAAUUGCUUCAUCAAAUAUUGCUCCAAGUAGCUUCUAUCUUCAUUCAAAAGGUUCCCUAAAUACAUCACUUCAUCUUGUCAAAGCUUUACGUAUCGGUAAUGAUAUUGCCACGCAUAGUUCAUUAACUGCUCAAUAUAAUCCUCGAUUAGUCAGUCAAGUUAGUGCUACAAUAAGUACAAAAUUUUACGGAAAAGAAUUUCAAAAUUCAUUGUAUGCUCUAUUUAAACAACAUCAAAUUAUCGUACGAGGUCUUUUAAAUACAGCUGAUAAUCAAAAUUAUACAUAUGAAAUGGAUGUCGGUUUAGACAAUGAUUCACUUACAGGACAUACGGAACGAACAGAUGGACAAGAAACAACAAUGUCAGAUAUUGAUACUAAAAAAUGUACGGCAACUGGUAAAUAUUAUCGUUGCUAUAAAGGUGAUAUUACCGUUCGAACAGGUACUAGUAGUUCGGAGAGUAAAGGCACCUUUGAUAUAAGUUGGGGUCGUGACGCUGCUAAAUUAGACAUUAAAGUUCCCAAUCAUGUUGAACUUUCAUUUGAUCAUUCACAUACUGGUCGUGUACGUGAUGCUAAUUUUAGUUCAAAAACAAAUAUCGAAGGAAAAAUUUUACAACCAAACAAACGCGGUGCAUUCAAUUAUUUAAGUUCAAUUGAAAAAGAAGAUGGUAAAUGGAAUGAUAUUCAAAUUCAAACUUCAUUAAACGAUAUGAAAACAGGACAAAAAUCUGGCGCAACAGAUAUUCGUUUCAAUCAAAAAAUAACUGAUAAACGUUCGGGACAAUUUCAACGUAAAUUUAAUGUUAACGUUGAACGUCAAGGUCUACCUGCUAUUGUUUGGUCAAGUGAUUCGUUUAGUUGUUCAAAUAAUCCAUCAUAUGUUAUUUAUGGUGUGUGUCAAACAGCUACGUUUAACAUCAAAGCAAAUAAUGUAUUGAUACAACGUUUACGGCAACGUCUUCAAUUAACCGCUGAUCCACGUUUGUCGAAUCCGUUGGGUCAAGUAACGUAUGAUGGUACAUUAAAUUUAGAUUUAAAACAUGAUCCAACAUUAGGUCCACAUACAGUUAAAUUUGAUUUAAAUCGUUUGAGAGAAGAGGCUAUUGAUAUUGAUCUUUCAUAUCAAAAACGAAUUGAUGAAAAACCGAUGAAUGAAACAAUUCGUUCGAAAACAAGUUUUAAUGGUGUUUUAAAAUAUUCAUUUAAUGCAAAUGAUAGUACAGCUGAAAAAACAUACAAGUGUGAUGUUAACCAAUCGUAUGCUGAUAGUUAUUCAAUGAAUUGUCAAGGUGAACGAACAAACUUAACGAUUGAUAUUGAUCCUAAGAUUGGAAAAAAGAAAUUUAUAGUGGAUUUAAAUCGAUUUACAGGUGAGCGUAUUGGAUAUGAAACGGCGGUCAAUUUCAUCACCAGAGAACUUGAAACUACUUAUUAUACACUCGUAACUUCAUGGAAUACGAAAUAUCGAUUCGGAGGAGUAUUAUCAGCAAUCACUGUUAAACAAAAAGAGCAAGAAGUUCUACGUAUUACAGCUUCAAGAACUGAUUUUGAUGGAUAUAAAAUUCGAUUUUUACCUGCCAAUAUUGAACUUGAGUAA